AUGAAUGUAAUAGAAACCCAAGAAGUAGACUGGGCAAUUACCUCAGGAGAAUUUGAACGAUUAGUUGACCAUCAACAAAAUAUUGAUAAAAAUACUAUAUAUGAAUGUGGUGGUGUAUAUUGA